CGGUAAACAAACCGAAGGGCCGGCGAGGCUGCCGAAGAGUGUAUCGUCGUCCGCCGCCCGCGCGCGUCUUCGUCGGAGACCACGUUCGGCCGACCGGUGGUUCCUACAAGUGAGUGACAGUGACGGUUAUUGUGCAAACAAGUGAUCCGCGAGGCCUGCACGCCGCCUCGCCCCGCUCCACGGCCGCCGCAUCGCGCGGCUCAUCACCGAGAGCGACCGAAGAUCGGCGGAGAGACCUCGCGAGCCGGCGGCGACCACCGCCGUCCACUCCGAUGUUUUGAGGCGUUAUCGGUCGGCAAAGAUGAAGACCGUAAUCGCGUCGUGUUUCCUGCCCGUCUUUGCGCUGAUCAGCGGCGUGGUGUCCGUCGAUUGGAAACACAGCGCCGCCCUAGACGACAAGUUCCUGGUCCUGUGGACGCCCGGCGAGAACGAUAUCAUGUUCGAGAUCCAAGUGAAAACCCUCGGCUACAUGGGCUUCGGUUUCUCCAAGGACGGCGACAAGGUCCGAGCGGACAUGGUCAUCGGAUGGGUGGACAAUAACGGACAGCUCCAUCUCCAGGACCGGCACGUGAAGGAUGCCAGCAAGGACCCGGAGAUGGACUCGAGCCAGGACUACUUCCUGCUACUGGGUUACGAGAACAAGACGCACACCGUUCUACGUUUCUUCAGGCGGUACGAUACGUGCGACCCGCGGGACUUCAAGAUCACGAAACGUGAAACGGUCGGCGGACCUGGCAUGCAUUAUCCUAAUGUUUUUGCUGGUCGAUUGGCGCUGGAGUUUACGUAA